AUGAUCACAACAGGAUGUUCUGCUGGUGAUAAAGACUCUGACGUAGAAUUAGUUAUGAACUUGACCGGUACACCUUUUUUCACUGAUGACCUAAACAGCCUCAUCGCGGUUGGUUGCAACAGCAAAGUGUCGAUGACGCAAAUAAAACCCAACACGGUGGUGUGCGAGUUGAACUGCAACACGAGAAGAGACUCUCAUAUGAUCAAUAACAUCCCUUUUCUCAUGAAAUCAGCCUGCUCCGUCGACAUUUUCCCCCGUACUUACACCGGAGAGGACUGUAGAGAUGUAGCGUCAUCAGAUGACACAGAAUGUGAUGGUAAUGGAUGUUGUCAGGUUGGAAUAACCGAGCCUCAACAAGUUGUUGGUGUCGUUAUAGAAAGCAAUGAUGGGAACUCGACAAGCUGUAGAGUGGCUUUCUUGACGGAUGAAGUCUACAAUAUGUCCAAUGGCACUACACCACAAGAGUUGGCUGAUAAGGGGUAUUCUACAGUUACUUUAGGGUGGGUAAUCCAGACAAAUAAGACUUCGUCCCUCUACUCCUUGAACUGCAAGUUUGGAAAAGAUAACGGCUAUUCCACCACUAACUCUGUUGAACCCGAGACAAAGUGUACGUGCGGAACAAGCAACAUUUUUUUGGGGGUAAGUUAUGCAAAUUUUGAAUGUAACAAGGGUUACAGUGGCAACCCAUAUAUUCUAGAAGGAUGUGAAGACACUGACGAAUGUAAAACUAUGCCUGAAGUAUGUGGAAGAGGAGGCACUUGUGUGAAUACUCUUGGGGGCUUUCAUUGCGAAGGUGAUAAAACCAAACCAAUAGUGAUAGGGAUCGGUUCAGGAUUUGGUGUUUUGGUCCUUGUUGGUGGAGCUUGGGGGUUGAGAAAGUUUCUAAAAAAGAGAAAGAUUACAAAGAGGAAGAAACAAUUCUUCAAACGUAACGGAGGACUACUUCUGCAACAAAAAAUGAACACAAGAGAAGGUAGUAUCGAAACAACAAGAAUCUUCAGCUCGAGAGAGCUAGAGAAAGCCACAGAAAACUUCAGUGAAAACAGAGUUCUUGGACAGGGAGGCCAAGGCACUGUGUACAAAGGUAUGCUUGUAGAUGGUAGGACCGUUGCAGUCAAGAAAUCCAAAGUUUUAGAUGAAGACAAACUACAAGAGUUCAUCAACGAGGUGGUGAUCCUCACUCAGAUCAACCAUAGACACGUAGUCAAACUUCUGGGAUGUUGUCUUGAGACAGAAGUUCCUAUGCUGGUUUACGAGUUUAUCCUAAACGGAAACCUUUUCCAGCAUAUCCAUGAAGAGUCUGAUGAUUACACUAUGAUAUGGGGAAUGCGUCUGCGCAUAGCUGUGGACAUCGCAGGAGCUCUCUCUUAUCUUCAUUCUUUUGCAUGUUCUCCUAUUUAUCAUAGAUCUAUCAAGUCAACAAAUAUAUUACUAGACGAGAAGCAUCGAGCUAAGGUGGCUGAUUUCGGAACAUCAAGGUCAAUAACCAUAGAUCAAACUCAUUGGACAACAGUUGUUUCGGGUACAGUCGGCUAUGUGGAUCCAGAGUAUUACAGGUCCAGCCAGUUUACAGAUAAGAGCGAUGUUUACAGCUUUGGGGUCGUCCUAGCGGAACUUAUUACUGGAGAGAAGCCUGUCAUAAUGGUGGAGAACACUCGAGGAACAAUAAGCUUGGCAGAUCACUUCAGACUCGCCAUGAAGGAGAAGAGACUUGAUGAUAUUAUGGAUGCUCGAAUAAAAGAUGAUUGCAAACAGGAACAAGUAAGGGCCGUGGCAAACUUAGCGUUGAAGUGUUUAAGCUCAAAAGGAAAGAAACGUCCAUAUAUGAGAGAAGUUUUUACGGAGUUGGAGAGGAUAUGCACUACUCCAGAGGAUUCACAGUUGCAGAUUCACGUUGAUGAAGAAGAUGAAGAGGAGGGAGAGGAAGAAGUUAGAAAUAUGAUAAACCAUGGAGAGUUUGUGCGACUGCUCGAGCCUUGA